AUGGCGCUCGCGAACCUCAGCUACUGCGCCGCACACUCGUUUGUCAUGAUCAAGUCGGACACCACCCUAAUCCACCAGGAAGAUCUUGCCGAGACGCAACGUCUGAAGGCAGAAAGGGAGCGGAAGCCGAAGAAGCGAAAGAGGGAGGAGAGCCGCUCGUUGUCGUCGACCACUGGGGUAGAAGCCGCCGAUGUAAUUGUCGUCGGCGGGGGUUCGGCUCAAGAUCCAGAUCAAGACAAUGACCCGGCUUUGAUGUUAGAGUCGGAGUCGGAGCCGGAUCGCGAUGACCCCGGUCCGGAUUCGGCUAGCGGUACCUCCUUUGCGCUUAAGCUACAGUACAGCACUGUACGGCUCUACUCCAGCGCCAUUAUCAACCUCUAUGCGCAACAAAAGACGAGAGGCGAGAACCCUGCUCUACAUCCUAACGGUCUCGCAAAGCAGGCGCUUAUGUGGCAUAUCCUCUGUGAAGCUGCUUGCCGUAGCCGUAAGGAGUGGGUGGACCGGAUCCUGAACACGAUCAAGGAUGGGUAUUCGCCGGCGAAGAUCCCCGAGCACACAGCGGCGGCCUGGCGAUUUGGCGACGUAAACAGCGGCUUCCAGACAAACGUCGACUUCCUUUUUGGCAACCACAUGCUCCUACGGUCGAGCAACAGGCUGUCUCUGGAGCUGGCCGACUGCUUUUGCCUGGUUUUGCCGAAAAAGGGUAUCAAAAUGGAGGCAGGGAGUGUCCCGACUAAGGCCUUCGUCGUCCUUAUGAACCAAAGUAAGACGAAUCAACAUGGCCGCCAGGCGAGGGAGGCUGCGCAAGAGAGCUUUGAAGACGACCGCGGCACGGCUAUUGAGAAGGUGAUCCCGGAGGUCUCGGAGAAGCUCAGAACCCUGACAGCUCAACAGCUCACCGUCGAGAAGGCGGUAGAAAGACGGCAUUUCGAGCUCGUACUGGAGGUAAAACAGUUGAAGGCCCAAGUAGCCGAUAUGAGUCGGAUGGAAUACCAAGUCGUCACCACCUUCACCCCGGGGGGGCGGCUACACCGUACCGAGCAGUUUGCACGCCGGCAGGGCUACGACUUCUCCCUAUCAUCACCGCCCGAGCCACUACGCCGGACACCAGCAACGGUGUUGGCCGGACCCCCGCUUACAGCGACGGCGAUCUCUAGGCCAGACUAUGGCUCAGUGCUGCCCACAAGGCAAAUCAAGUCAAAUCGGCACACCGACUUGCUUUGA